CUUCAAGUCUUUCUAGAGUUGAGGAUGCCACUUUGAAGGAACCUGAUACUGUUCGGUACUCAAAACAAAUUCGUCUCCCUGUUGAUUCCUAUGGCCCGCAUGUGCCAUCCCCUGGUAGUAGGUCUGGACUACACGGAGAUCUCUAUUCGCCACCAUUACCGCACCAUCUAUUGCAGGGCCGAGUGGCAACAAGACUUGGGGAAACUAGCCCUCCCCUACAUAUUAGAUCAAGUACUUCUGCUGCUUAUGGCAGAGCGGGGCCAACAUUCUACAGCAUCGAGGAAACUAGCCUCCUCUGCAGAGCAACAGAGGCCACUGAGUUCUGCAGCCUAUGGGAGAGUUGUAGCAACGUUAAGAGGAGUAGAGGAAGCUAGUGCUCGUUUGCCGGUACCACCCAGUUCUUCUGCAGCUUAUGGGAGAGUUGUAGCAACGUUAAGACGAAGCUAGGCCACUGAGUUCUCC